ACAGUAUGACCGUACAUGCAAAAACAAAGAUUGUUGCAACAACAAUAUUUUCUGGUCAAAGUAAACAAAACCAAAAAGUUUAAGGAAAUCAAGGGAAAUCUGGAGAUAUGAGCAACAGCGAGGAUUCGCAGCAGUAUCUGAACGACAUGUUGGUCAAAGAGGAGGACGAGGCGUCCGGUGACGAAUCGGACAAACAGGAUGGUGGGAUUAUGCUGAGGGAACAGGACCGCUUCCUGCCCAUCUGCAACAUCAUCAAGAUCAUGAAGGUGCCGGUGCCCCAGAACGGCAAGAUUGCCAAGGACGCACGCGAGUGCAUCCAGGAGUGCGUCUCCGAGUUCAUAUCCUUCAUCAGCAGCGAGGCCAUCGAACGCAGCGUAGCCGAGAACCGGAAAACAGUCAACGGGGAUGACCUACUGGUGGCCUUUAGCAAUCUGGGAUUCGACAACUACGUGGAGCCACUGUCCAUUUACCUGCAAAAGUACCGAGAGUCAAACAAAUCGGAUCGCAAUCUCUUCCUGGACGCCAGUUAUCCUCAUACCGAAGAUGGAUCCUCCACGAACGAGGCGGGAAAGCAGUAGCACCUGGUUUGCAGACCCUUCUAGUUAAGGUUAUAUAGGUAGUCCUGACAGUAAAACAUAAUUUGUAGUAUAAUUCAACGUGAUUCUUUAAAAACUUGCAGUUUAAUAUACAUUUUAAGUUUUCUAACUAACGUCUAAAGUAAAUACAGGUAUAUUAUUUUUUUUUAUCUACACCAUCUUUAAGAUUUUGAAUUAAAGUUGUAAACUAUGUUUUUAAGUUAAUUAAUAGCACCUUCCAUUGAUUUACUUAUGAUUUAAUAAUAUGCAACUGCAGUCAUACAUAAAUUUAACGAAGCACAGUCAAACUUAGGAUUUGAUAAUCAUUAAACACACUUAUUAAGAAAAAUUGCUCAUACACAACUGUAUAACAAACAAACCUGUUCAUUUAUAAAUAGAAAAUAAAAACAUAGCAACCACUUUAA